GGGAGGGUGCGGCUGCAGAGAAUUGAGAUCUAGAAGCUUUGGAUUACUGAAUCUGAGAACGGAGUCAUUGGGGUGGGGGAGGGGUUUGGGAUUGGGGCCCUAGGGAAAGUGAGGAUCAGCUUCCAGGCAGAAGAGGAGAGAGGACGUUCAGGAGGCUCCCCCUUUGACACAGGCCGCCUCUCCUCAGGCUCAGCUCUUGCCAGUCCAACUUGAGACAUGUCUGACACAAGCGAGAGAGGUACGGGUCCAACCCGCUUCCAGGCUGAAACUUCAGUGAAGGACAGUGGCUUGAAGAUACAGACCCUAUUGACAGUGACCCAGAACUUGGAGGUCUCAGAGACACUGAAGACCUCAAAGGCACCAGAGGUCUCAGAAGCCAUGAAGGUGUCAAAUGCUGCAGGAGUCUCAAAGGCCACAGGGGUCUCAAAGGCCCCAGAGGCUCAGGAGGCAGCUGCUACUCAGGCCUCACCUACCACUAAGCUGACUGAUACCCAGGUUCUGGCAGUUGAAAAGAAGAAUCCAGCAGCUGACACCAAGAUGCAGAGUGCUGACCCCCAGCCUGUGACAAUGCCUGCCACUGAAACCAAAAAGGUCAGCUGUGUGGCUGAUACAAAGGUCAAUUCAAAGGCCCUGGAGACUGAGGCUUCUGCCUCUCAGGCUUUGGCAGAUGAAGCUAAGCCUGAGGGUGCAGCUGCUCAGGCUCAGGAGAAUCAAGAUACUCGGCCCAAGGUCAAGGCCAAGAAAGCCAGAAAGGUAAAGCAUCUGAACGGCGAAGAAGAUGGCAACAGUGAUCAGAGUCAGGCUUCUGGAACCACAGCUGGCCGAAGGGUCUCAAAGGCCCUAAUGGCCUCAAUGGCCCGCAGGGCUUCAAGAGGUCCCAUAGCCUUUUGGGCCCGCAGGGCAUCAAGGACUCGGUUGGCUGCUUGGGCCCGAAGAGCUUUGCUCUCCCUGAGGUCACCUAAAGCCCGUAGGGGCAAGGCUCGCCGUCGAGCUGCCAAGCUUCAGUCAUCCCAAGAGCCCGAAGCACCACCACCUCGAGAUGUGGCCCUUUUGCAGGGGAGGGCAAAUGAUUUGGUGAAGUACCUCUUGGUUAAAGACCAGACAAAGAUUCCCAUCAAACGCUCAGACAUGCUGAAGGACAUCAUCAAAGAAUACACUGAUGUGUACCCUGAAAUCAUUGAACGAGCAGGCUAUUCCUUGGAGAAGGUAUUUGGGAUUCAGUUGAAGGAAAUUGAUAAGAAUGACCACUUGUACAUUCUUCUCAGCACCUUAGAGCCCACUGAUGCAGGCAUACUGGGAACGACUAAGGAUUCACCCAAGCUAGGUCUCCUCAUGGUGCUUCUUAGCAUCAUCUUUAUGAAUGGAAAUCGGUCCAGUGAGGCUGUCAUCUGGGAGGUGCUGCGCAAGCUGGGGCUGCGCCCUGGGAUCCAUCACUCACUUUUUGGGGACGUGAAGAAGCUUAUUACUGAUGAGUUUGUGAAGCAGAAGUACUUGGACUAUGCCAGAGUCCCUAAUAGCAAUCCCCCUGAGUAUGAGUUCUUCUGGGGCCUGCGCUCCUACUAUGAGACCAGCAAGAUGAAAGUCCUCAAGUUUGCCUGCAAGGUACAAAAGAAGGAUCCCAAGGAAUGGGCAGCUCAGUACCGAGAAGCAAUGGAAGCAGAUAUGAAGGCUGCUGCUGAGGCUGCAGCUGAAGCCAAGGCGAGAGCUGAGAUCAGAGCUCGAAUGGGCAUUGGGCUUGGCUCUGAAAAUGCCGCUGGGCCCUGCAACUGGGACGAAGCUGAUAUUGGACCCUGGGCCAAAGCCCGGAUCCAGGCGGGAGCUGAAGCUAAAGCCAAAGCCCAAGAGAGUGGUGGUGCUAGCUCCGGUGCUAGUGCCAGUGCCAGUGGUGGCUUUGGUGCCAGUGCCAGCCUGACUGCCACUCUCACGUUUGGGCUCUUUGCAGGCCUCAGUGGAGCUGGUGCCAGCACCAGUGGCAGCUCUGGUGCCUGUGGUUUCUCCUAUAAGUGAGAAUUCAGAUAUUCCUAAUCCCAGCAGUCUUUCUCUUCGAGCCGGGGUGCAUCUUCAGAAACCUACUCAACACAGCACUCUAGGCAGCCACUGUCAAUCAAUUGAAGUUGAUAUUCUACAUUAAAUCUAUUUGCCAUUUCUGA